CUUUACGGCACUCGGGAUGUGACAUCGUGAGUUUGAACGACAACUUGACUGACGGCUGGUCUGCACCUGCCGAUGACGCAACCAGGUAGCACAUUAUUGCGUUAGGGGACGCAUCCGGCAUGCUUUGCACGUUGGGAAUCGCCGUGCUGUCUUGUUCGCGCGAUUAUGGCAGACUUCUCGGAGAGGUCAGUCCAGGCGGCUGUCGUGGUGUCCUUCCUAGCAGGCUUCGCGGCCGGCUGGCAGGCCAACCGGAUGCGGAGGAAGUUUCUAGACUGGCGGAAAAAGAGGCUGCAAGACAAACUGACGGAGACGCAGAAGAAACUUGACUUGGCCUGAACGGAUAUCACAUUAGGUGUGGGACUUUGUGCUGCUCUCGAUGGAUGGCCGUUUGAUGUUCCUUGUUGGCCACCAUAGGAGGAAGAAGAUCGUAAACAUCCAGCAAUCAAUCCUGGACUGUUGUCCAAAAUGGCGGACCUGACGAAUGCUAAAAUGGAAACUCAAGUGGUUGUCUCACUUUUCCUUGUCAAAUAGUUAUGUCUUCUCAGAACGACCAGGAUUCACAGCACUAAGUAUUAACAAUAAUGUUGACAAUCAUGUAAAUAUUACACAUUUAUUACCAACAAAACAUGUACUUUGAAUAAAAUAUGUUGUUGAAAUUA